GGAUAUAUUUAGUUGUAGUAAAGUCUCAUAUAUGGAAGAAAUCUAUCUUACCCCUUUCCUUCUUUCCCAUCUCCAUCGGUCAUCGGACCGCCGCCGAGAACCCUAGAGGGCCAGCUCCUACCAAAAUUUUGGCCAGAAGAAGGCAAUGUGGUAGAUGGAUUGAUCGGUUUUGGUAAAGACGUAUUUCUUUUUUUGGGUCCCCUUUGUGAUUGCUUCGGUAGUUCGACCCACCGCUGCCUUUAUGGAUGAUAAUGGGGGACUGGGUAUGCGGAAUUGGGCCUACUAUGAGCAGCCCUUGAAGAGAAAUUUAGGGCUGCAGCUCAUGUCAUCGGUGGCUGAGCGCAAUGCCGCGAAGCCGCUCCUCCCCAAUGGGGGGUUCUUCCACCGUGACUGCAGCAUGCCCGAGCCGCCUGUGGCGAUGGAGUUUGCGAGGGAUGGUUGGAUCGGCCACCGGGAGAACAAGAUGGUCCACAUGAUGCCUCUGAAUCCCAAUUACUCAGUCCUGCCUGAUGCCCAUGGAGCGCAGGCCUUCCCGAUGCUGCAGCCGCCCGAGCCACCCAAAGAGGACAAGAUCCCACUGAUGGAUGAUCCUGGAAGCAGAAAGGAGGCACCUUUGAAGAAGAAGGCCCAGGCUAAGGCACCAAAGCCAAAGAAACCCAAGAAAGUUACUGCCGCUAGGAACGAGACGAGCAAUGGCUCAGUUUCGCGGGGGAGGAAUGUUAGGAAGAGCUUGGAUGUUGUUAUUAAUGGGAUUGACUUGGAUAUCUCUGGGAUUCCCACUCCGGUUUGCUCCUGCACAGGUGCUCGCCAGCAGUGCUAUCGGUGGGGUGUUGGAGGUUGGCAGUCUGCAUGCUGUACUACCAGCAUUUCGAUGUACCCACUGCCUAUGAGCACGAAGAGGCGGGGAGCACGUAUUGCAGGGCGAAAGAUGAGCCAAGGGGCAUUUAAGAAGGUGUUGGAGAAGCUUGCGGGAGAAGGAUAUAACCUCUCUAACCCAAUUGACUUGAAGAAUUACUGGGCCAAGCAUGGAACCAACAAGUUUGUGACGAUCAGGUAAAGAUGUACAAUGUUAGUAAGCUUAAGUAGGACUACAGCUCUGCAUUUGGUUUGUUCUUCCCAUGUAUAUAAGUCUAUCACCUUCUGCAGUGGCUGUCUGGGUAGUUUGCAGCUCUGAUGUUUCUUUCUUAGCCAUUAACAUGCUUUUUUAGGUUUGGACAUUUCGGUUAGGUGGCUGUGUUGUUUCUUGUCCUUUCUUUACAAGUUGUAGUUUUAAGAAAAACAUCGCUAUCUGUUUGGAUGGCACUUCAAUUAAUAGACAAAAAGUCCUUGUCACGUUUUUUGGUUUCA